GUGGAGAUAGGAACACAGAAGUCGAGGCGGUGCUAAAACGUGCACGCUGUCUCCAGACGUUUGAAGUUAUUAUAGGAGAGCUAAUUAGCAGGCGUGCUGCGCCUGCGCAUGCGCAUUCACUAUUGUUCGCGAACGUUUGGUGCCUGGGGCGCGGUGAUUCACCUGCGGGUAGCGGACUGCGCGCAGUCUCAAGCAGCGUCUCGUCCAAUUGAAAAACAGCACCGAAACCUAACUUCCGGGCAGAGCGUUCACGCCACACUCUGGUCUAGGUAACCUCCACGAAACAUGCGCCAAAUCGUCGGGACUUUUGUGUUGUGAAAGUUUUUCGGAUUGCGGUUCCUGGAGAAGUUGGAACGAGUUUGCGGCGCUUUUGGUUGGUCUGAGUGGCCGAUUAGAGGAACGUUUACGCGCAGGACAGACGCAGAUCUUUGCGCGGUUUGGUUUCACAAAGGCGAUCCCGUGGGAACAUUUCAAGCGCUUUGUCAAGAUGCGGGAAGAAAAAGGAGCAUUCCGUCUUUUCGGGUUGUUCACGGCGCUCGCUGUGCUGUGUGAGAGUAGGGUGGUGAAAGUGCCUACUGGUCCACUGGUGCGGGUCGAGGGCCAGUCUGUGUCCAUUCGCUGUGAUGUCUCGGACUACGAGGGACCGCCCGAGCAGGAUUUCGAAUGGAACCUGAUGCUGGAUAACAAAAACGGUCUCCAGCUCAUCUCCACUUUCGAUCCGACGUACACAGACGCAUCAAUGGUUGACCGGGUCAAGAGUGGCGAUAUCAGCAUUACGAAACUGGCAGAUGACGCAGUAGAACUGACUAUAAGAAAGGUCAGGGCCUCGGACAGCACCACCUAUCGGUGCAGUACACCCAGCACUGAUUCGUCCGUCAAAGGAAACUACUAUGCAGAUGUGGAACUUAAAGUUAUUGGUGACUCUCUCAAAGUGGCUACAGCCAUUUCUCAGCCAAAAGUCUCGGAAGGCGAGUCAGUGAAGCUGCAGUGCAACAUCAGUCGGGCCUACACAGCACACACUUCCCUGUCGGUCACUUGGUCUGUUAGAAAAGAUGCUACCUCACUGGAAGAGCUCUUGACGUUUGGACCAGACGAUGGGAUGAAGUUGGGACAAGCCUUUGCUCAGCGUUAUGCAAAUGGUGAACUUAUCUUGGUGCUGUCUGGCAGUGGCAGUUAUGGCUUGAUCCUGAAGGGGAUGAAACCAAUGGAUCAGGGUGCGUAUGUAUGCACAGGCAGAGAGUGGACAAGGCAGCCUGGAGGAGGGAAGGGCUGGCAGACUAUUCUAGAAAGGAGUGAAGAAAUGGGGAAUGUUUCAGUCACACCCUUAGCCCAAUCUCUGGUGGUUUCAAUGGAGGAAAAUAUUACACUCAGUAUGGAGGACACUCUGAAUCUGACCUGCUCAGUAGCUGCUAAUGGCCUGCUUUCUCUGGGCAUGGAGGUGAUAUGGCGUGUCAAGGGAUUUAGCGGCUCUGACAAUCAGCGAGUGCUGCUCCAUGUUGGACGUGACGGCCAAGUGCUGAUUGGCUCCGAGCUUGUGAGCAUGAGCAGGGUUCAGCCAGGCACUUUCAGGCUUCUCCUCCCCAAAGUGCAGAACUCGGACUCCGGCCUGUACUCAUGCCAGGUGAAGUGCUGGUUGCCACAGGGCAGUGGAGGAUGGUACCAGGCCGCUGAGAAAACCUCUGAUCCUAUCCAAGUUCGGGUAAUACAGCUGGAACCAGAUUUUAAGGUGGGUCUCACAGGCCGUCAGCUCCCCCAGUUCACAGAUGACCCCACCGUGCUGCUCUGUGAGGUGACCGAUCUACUAAACCUGCAGGGUGGACGUCUGGGUGUGACCUGGUCCUACAGCAAAACGCAGGAUAACACAUCUCAGACCAUAACCACCAUCGCUUCCAUAGAUCAUCAAGGGAUACUUGUACCAGGAGAUCUGUAUCAACAGCAGCUGGGUAAUGGAAAUAUAGCAGUGACUCGCAGUGAUCUGAAUACAUUCAGGCUGCAACUGCUGCACACUCAGGACAAGGACAUGGGCUUUUACUCCUGCAGUGUUGCAGCCUGGACCCGUGGCCACCAGGAAAAAUGGAACAAGGCCAAAGAGCUUAAGUCCAAGCCUGUCGGAGUACAGUGGUCCUCUAAGACACCAGUGCUCAGUGUGGCAGCUGAUCAAGUAAGAGGGGCCUCGACAGGCGGCUCCAUAUUCGAGAUGAGCUGCAAGGUGACUGGUCAGAACAUGCAAAACCCCAGCUAUUCAGUGCUCAUCCGCUUUGAAGAGACGGCAGGUGGAAAGUCGCGUAAAGUUCUGUCUCUGAGUGCAGACUCCACACUGCAGCUGGAGCAAGGAAGCCGUGCUGACGGUGUGGCUCUAGAUAAGACUGGCCCACUAGAGUACCGCUUCCGUCUAUAUGGGGCUCAAGUCUCUGACCGAGGCUUCUACUACUGUGAUGUGACCGCUUGGACACGUGAUCAAAGCAACACCUGGAACAACAGAGUCAGUGCCGAGUCAAAUAAAAUACAGCUUGCCUUUGCUGACACAGGUCCAGUAUUCAAUGUCUCCAUUUACUCAGAGAGCAGUCAGGUUAAGCCUGGGGACACAUUCAAAAUGGAGUGCAUCAUGUCUGUACAGGGGGCUACAUCCAUAACAGGUGAGGUGGGGUAUGACGUUGACUGGUUCCAGAGACCAGCACAGGCAAUGGAGAAUGGUGCUGUGCCCCUGAUCAGCAUGGAUCACUGGGGAGUGGUAAAGAAGAGCAGAGGAAAUGAGAGCACACCGUAUUGUGUAGAGCGCACAGACAGGGACAGAUUUGUGCUCAGUGUUUACCACGUUCAGGACGGGGACAUGGGCGAGUACUACUGCACGGCCAAGCUCUGGCAUUUCUCUCCUGACACUCGACUUUGGAGUGAGGGGCAGAAACUCACCUCUGGCCCAGUCUUUCUCUCCAUCAACCAAGCAUUGUGGGACUCCAUGAAGAACCCAGUGAUGUAUGGCCUUGGAGCAGCUCUAAUUGUUGCCUUACUGUCCAUUCUUCUUGGACAUAUCACUUCCCGCUGCUGCUUCUCCAGAAAUCCGAUGCACACACCACGCAACAAGCUCAUUGACCUGGAGAUGGACUGAGCCACAUGACCCAAACCAAUCCUCUUCCUCCUGCUAAUGUGACCUCAUUUUAUUUUAACCCACUUCAAGAUAGCAUGGCUGCUAAUGUCCUUAGAAAUUGUAUUGAGCCAAAAGUAUUCAAAUAUGUGUGAGUGCACUGUUCCACGAGAGAUUAGGAGAAUCCUUACUACUCAUGUGCACUCAGGAGGAUGUGGUCACUCCAGUGAGAGACACUUGCUGUAACUCAGGAUCAAGUUGCUGAUGGUGGCCCCAUCCACCUUAAUGACUGUUCUCGGAAUCUGUCCUGGGUUUCAAUGUUUUUGGAAGAACUUCAUCAGGAACAACAUUUUGCGCUCCUUACAGGCAUAGAACUGCAUUGUGGUGCAGCUAUCAAAGCUACAUAAUGAGGAGCAGAUUUUUAUUCCUGUAUGAACGACUCUCGUGAAAGAGAUGCAGAGGUUAUAAGACACAUGGAACAAGUAGGGAAGCGUAUUCUAUAGUCGGCUUUCAUCUCCCUUCGUUGCCCCAGUCCCGAUCCAGAUUCAGCCCCUGUCACUUCAUGACAUCAGCCAUGCAUAUCCUGCAUCUAACCAGCCUGCCUGUCAGUCAGAGCAGAUUCCUGCUGUUCAGAAGAGUUUUAUUCAGGACUCCAGCUGACCGUCACUAAUGGCCGGGGCCAUAGUUUCCUGAUCUGCUCCCACGAUCCGUCUCUCUUGUGCAAACACUGCUAUCUCUUAGGGUAUGCUUCGCUACAAGCUAGAGCCCAUUGUCUAGAGGCUACUAGUUACUAGAGUUGGGCACUUUGGGGGAGAUAAUGUGUCCUGCUUGCUCUGCUAGUACAACACACUGGCCUUGCAAAAGCCCUAAUAAGUGAUCUUCCACUUCAUGCUCACAAUUGUUCCCUUUUUUCACAUAUAGCACACAUCCUCAUGUAGUCACAUACUAAUUUUAUAAUGCAUUCAUUUUUCUUCCCAGAAAAUACAACAGCUGCACUGUCCUUGCCCUCAAACUGCAUUCAACUGCUCUCUCGUCCAUUACAAGCUGUGUCUCCUUUGAAAGCUGCAGCAGCUGUUGGCCUGCAGUCCUCCAUUACGUGACUGAGAAACCGUCUAGAAUGUGAGCUUUGCUGUAUUGAUUUAAAGUAAGAUUAUGUACUUGUCGGUAAAGAGUUCUUUAGGAUGAAGUGGACCCAGAACACGCAAACAUUCUGCACUAUAUUGCUGCAUGGCGGGACUUUUUAAAAUCACUUGUAGGAUUUUUGGUUUAUUGCUGUUUUAAGUAGUAUUUUGGGGGUGUUUUUAAAAAAAAAAAUUGAAUUGAUGCUGAACCGAGUGCAGCUUUGUGCUUUCCUGUCUUUUGAUUAAGUGGUUUUUGAACAGUGUUUAAUUCAUAAAACAGGAAAUAAUUCCUCCAAAAACUGAUACCAUAAUAAAAGUUUUUAAUAACCACAAGGUACAUUGGUGUGGUUUUGUUUCUGUGGGGGUUUUUUUUUUUUUUUUUUUUUUUUGUUUUGUUUGUUUUUUAGUUCUUCCUAGAUUCUUUGUUCUGCAUGGUUUGAAUAAAUUACUGUUUUUCUUAUGUUCAUGACACGAUGUCAUGGUGGUAGUCAAAACAGGAUUCCCUCUCGCUACUUUACACUUGCAUCUCUCUUUGUUCCUUCAUUAUUUAACUUUUCUUUUCCAUCUUCAGACUCUGACGUUUUUUCUUUUGAUAAGUUUCUUUCUUUCCAUUAUUAUUAUUAUUAUUAUUAUUAUUAUUAUUAUUAUUAUUAUUAUUAUUAUUAUUUUAUUUUUUUUAUUUUUUUACCAUUCUUCCUGACUUACCUUCUUUCUGUCCUGCUCUAGCCCUCCUCCUGAAGUGUACUGUUUUCAGGGAAUGUGUUUGAUGAACUGGUUAAAUGCAGCAUGUCCCUUCAGAAGAUGUGAAUUGCUUGGUUAAUAUUUUUCUGAUAUAUGCACAGCAUUAUGGUUUUUACUCUGAAAAUUGACACAAGGCAUUUUAUUUACCCAAGGUUUAAUUAUGUUGCAUAGUUUUAUAUCGAAUUUAACCAAAUAGGUAAACUAAUGUAAACUAAAUGAAUACUGUCUCCAAGAAAGGAACCAGUCUGUUUUCCGUGAAGCGUUUUACGGUUAAAAUCGGGUAAUAAUUACAAAUAACCUUACCACUUUGAAGUGUUCAUUCCAAUUACUUUUUUUUUUUUUAAGAGAAUCGUACUUCUUUAUUUAAUUCACCAUUCAGAGUGACACCAAGAGACAUUAUGUACCGUUCUGACCGCCUGCCCACAACAGUACUGAAGUUUGUUCUAUAGUUUGUUUAAUGUUUAUGGCUAAAGCAAUUAUAUUAAUUUAUGUAAUGUGUAACCAGGUUGUCCUUGGUGCACAACAAAAACUGCAAGUCAACAUAAUGACUGUUUUUAAUAAUAAAAAUAAAGGAUUCAGGUUUUUUAACCCGAGUUUGAAGAUAAUUUAGAAUGGUGAGUCAGAUUGAUGGUAAUUAUUACAAGCACAGAAUACGUGUUGAACUACUGUCACAUGUACCUGCUAAAUACUAUCUGACAAUGAUGACUAAACUGUAAGUGUAUAUACACGUACACUCACUGAGCACUUUAUUAGAAGCACUAUAUUAAUAGAGGGUAGGGCCUCCCUUUGCUCUCAAAACAACCUCAAGUCUCAUGAAACCACUGGCAUGGAUUUCACAAGAUGCUGGGAACAUUCAUUUGCGAUUCUGGUCCCUGUAGAUAUGAUUGCAUUAUGCAAUUCCUGCA